AUGUUUAAUAGGGUUCAAUCUUUGCAAAGACAAUUAUCAACGUCAACUAGAGUUUUUUAUGCCAUACCCAAGAUAAACAAGUUACCUCCCAGACCUAAACACUUAAUCAAAGAAGAGGAAUUAGAAGAAAAGUUUUUACAUGGUGGUCGUGGACCCGGAGGUCAAAAAAUCAAUAAAUGUAAUAGCAAAGUACAACUAAAACAUAUCCCAACAGGGAUAGUGAUAGAUUGUCAAGCAACUCGGUCUAAAGAACAAAAUAGAGCAAUUGCUCGUGAGAAGUUAGCAUUAAAGUUGGAUGAUUAUUAUAAUCCUGGUACCAGUAGAAACUCCGUAUUAUUAGAACGAGCACAGAAAUUAAAACAGAGCAAAUCAAAGAAAUCAAACAGAAAAUAUAAAAAACUAGAAGAAGAAAAAUCACAAAAGGAAGACGAAUUAUCAAAGAUUGAAGAAUCAAUGAAUGUUAAAGAUAUAGAUGAUGAGUUUGACGAUUUCCUCAAGAAUGCUAAAGUGGAUCUUUAG